AUGUUCAGCGCACUCAAAGGUCUCUUCAAGGAAGCUGGCGUCAAGGACGUAAUCACCUUGUUCCACUCGCCCAGCUCGCCUGCCUCGAUCCGCGUCCACACCCUGCUCAAGCAGACUGCCGCCGCUGCACACUCGACUGCCACCAUCGAUCAAGCUUCUUCCCACCCUCAGCAGUCCAAGGUUGAGAGAACCGACUUCGAGCUCGGACUUCCAACAAACGACCAACUCACCAACAUCUUCGAGUACCUCGGCCAAGACAAGAUUGGAAAUGUCAUCGAAGGCUCUUCAAGCCCCACCGAAGCCUUGAGAAAGCUCAAGGAGAACGGAAGUCUCUUCCAGAGACCGCUUGUUGUGGAUUGGGGAAAUGGACGUGCCGUGAGUGGUGACAACGAGUCUGAGAUCCUGAAGCUGCUUCAAACCCCUCCCAAAGCCUAG